UAACAAAGAAAGUUGAGUUCAGUGACAAGAUAUCGGUUCGGAACUGGUGUCUAUUUUUGUGCAGUAUGUGUUUUGGCAAUCUCAUUGGAGGGAGUUAUAAUGAGAACAAUCAUGAAAGAAAAGCAACCGGCAUUGUUCAGUAAUUGAUCUUCUUUCAGUCUAAAUUGGGUUCAAGAUAUUACGAGUGAACAAAGGCCAUCUGCAGCAUUUAUAUACUGCAUACCAGUGCACAUGUCGCCGCGUAAAAGUUGCAGGCGCCACCUAUCACACAAAACCUCCGUACCCAUAACCAACAUGCAGAGAGGAGAUCAAUUUGUACGCUUUCAAAGCGAGGUAACCUAUACCAGAACCAUCCGAUACAAAAUGCGACCAUUCAUCCGAAAAUUGGCUUGCCGUCUCGGAUUACGCAAUCCAGACAAGCGGAAGUUUGAUACGAGGAGGACGGCACUACAAUGCACAGAUGAGAUGCAAGUACAUACACAUGAACGGAUAACAUAUAACAAUCGCGAGCAGCAUUCGACAGUGCACAUUUCAUCGGUGGAAACGAAGCCCCCAGUUCAGUGCUGGCUGUUGGAGCCUGCGCAAAGAUAUCCGGCCCCUUGCUCGUUUGGACGAGUACAAAGAUAUUCAGCCGUUUGCAACGAGUGCAGCCCAGGCCGAAGCUGGGGAACCUGUGCCAGCCGCCGGGAGAGGCAUUUAUGUUGCGUUCAGUGUUGUUCAAGAUAAAGGUACGCCAUACUCGUACAAGCACGGGUGACAAGUGGAUGGAGGAAAUGCUCGUGAUGCGUGG